AUGGACGGAGAUACAAUGUUAUCCUUUUUUCUCCUUUAUCUCCAGUUUUUACCAUAUGCAGUUGCGAGCGAAGGUUCUUUUUUUAUUAAGCUACCAUACGACAAUAGGACUAUUCAAUUAACUGGAACUGAAAGUCAAUACAAUGCGAAUUACAUAAAUUAUUGUUUACAACUCUGCUUACAAUCGACUACAUGCGUUUCUUUAUCAUAUGAAAACUCACUUAACAACUGCGCUUUGUAUUCUCAAAUAUUUAAUAGUUCUGAUUUCGGAGCAGCUCGUGAUGACAUUGUAUAUUAUGGAAAACAAGAUACCGGUAAUUGGGCACCGUGGUCUAACUACACAACUUGCAGCGUUUCCUGUGGAGUAGGAAGUCGAGUGAGACUAAGAGCAUGUGAAAAUCCAGAACCAGUUUAUGGUGGAAGGUGUCCUGGACCUAUUCUACAAGGAAUGAUAUGUUUUCAACCUGACUGUCCAGAUAUAGUGUGUGCACGACACAUUGAAUAUGUCUACGAUUCGUCCACAACUUCAUGUAUUAAAGUAUUCACACAAAAGAAAAAUUUUGAUGAUGCUAACUCCGCAUGUGAACAAGAGGGAGCUCAUCUCUUUAAAAUGGAUUCUGUUGAAAGGAAAGAAUUUGCUAUGACAAUUGUGACUGCUGUAUCGUCAUUAAAUAGUUUUCUAAUAGGCGGAAGAGAUUAUAAUGAUACAGAUAUUUAUACAUGGACAGAUGGGUCAGUGGUUUCAUGGACAACGCCACCAAACGAUCCAGCUCAAAAUUGUAUCCGUUUGAAUACUGCUUUGUCUCAAAUGGAUGAAACAUUUUGUAAUGUAAAGGCAGCAUUUAUCUGCGAGCAAACUGUAUGGUCAGAAAAUUAA